AUGAGACCGAGUGUAUCUGGCAACCCUCCUCUUAGAGGGAGCAGGGUGCAUCCGUGAGUUGUCGCCAUCAUUUGUGGCUACAUGCUAAGCUAGCUGCGGUCAGUCCGCCGUCCUGUCCGUGUUUGUGCGGUGGCUGAGAUCAUUACCGUCUCUUUGUGUGUGUGUCGGGCUCCUGUGCAGUGUUAUGUUGUUGCCCACCGGGGAACAUGAUUGCGGUGUCGUUGUUUUGUGGAGAUUACUCACAUUAGCGGAGCCGGAGUCUUGAGGAGGAGCAGCGGCAGGAGGAGCAGCGAGGGGCGUCGGGCUGCUAAACCCCGACACUGCCCCCCUGAUCAUCCAGGGAGCUAGCUAGCUAGUUCAGAGUCGGUCCUCAGUGAAUGAACCCACUGUUGUUUGUUAGCUUCAUUAGCUAAAUGGUCGCUGGUUGUUUCCGCUAUUGUCCCCGGUUGUUGAGUUGAGCUGCGACUCCGCCGAGAAACCGAGAAGAUCACCGGCCAGCGGAGCUAAUCAACCCAGCCGGGGUUCGUGUGUGUGUGUCACGGUGGGAGCCUGUUGAACUGGAGCUGGCAUCGUCACACGUCCCGUCUUUAACACCAGCCUCCCGGUGCCCGACGACCCGGAGGAGAGAGGAUGUCUGAGGGAGAGAGCAGGCAGGGCCCGGACACUGCCCAGGAGGGGAAGCCGGAGACGGUGGGAGCAGGAGCGGCUGCGGGUCAAGGAGUGUCAUCGGUGUCUCCCCCCGUGUCCAUGGUGACACAGCCUCCGGCCACCGCUGCCACGGAGGAUGAGGAGGAGGAGAGCGAGGAUGAGUCGGAGAUUUUGGAGGAGAGCCCGUGUGGACGCUGGCAGAAACGCAGAGAAGAGGUGAAUCAGCGUAACGUCCCCGGGAUCGAUAAUGCUUACUUGGCCAUGGACACGGAGGAAGGAGUUGAGGUGGUGUGGAAUGAGGUCAUGUUCUCUGAGAGGAAGAAUUUCAAACUACAAGAGGAAAAAGUUAAAGCAGUAUUUGACAAUUUAAUCCAACUCGAGCACUUGAACAUUGUGAAGUUCCACAAGUACUGGGCGGAUGUUAAAGAGAACAGAGCCAGGGUCAUUUUCAUCACAGAAUACAUGUCUUCAGGAAGCCUCAAACAGUUUUUAAAGAAGACAAAGAAAAACCACAAGACCAUGAAUGAAAAGGCCUGGAAGCGCUGGUGCACACAGAUACUGUCUGCUCUCAGCUACCUGCACUCAUGUGAACCUCCCAUCAUUCACGGCAACCUGACCUGUGACACCAUCUUCAUUCAGCACAAUGGCCUCAUCAAGAUCGGCUCAGUUGCUCCAGACACCAUCAACAACCAUGUGAAAACCUGUCGGGAAGAGCAGAAGAGCCUUCACUUCUUUGCUCCAGAGUACGGAGCUGUUGCCAAUGUUACCACAGCCGUGGAUAUCUAUUCCUUUGGAAUGUGCGCCUUAGAGAUGGCUGUGUUGGAAAUUCAGAGUAAUGGAGAUUCGUCUUAUGUGUCCCAAGAAGCCAUAAACAGUGCCAUUCAGUCCUUAGAGGACCCACUGCAGCGGGAAUUCAUCCAGAAAUGUCUGGAGGUGGAUCCCAACAAACGACCCACAGCUAAAGAGCUGUUGUUUCACCAGGCCUUGUUUGAGGUGCCCUUACUUAAGCUUCUGGCUGCGCACUGCAUCGUCAGCCACCAGCAUAUGAUUCCAGAAAAUGCUUUAGAGGAAAUGACGAAGAACAUGGAUCCUAACCUGGUGAUAGUUGAAGCCAAGGACGGAGUUCAGAUGAAACUCUCUCAGUUUCCUGCACUGGAGCUGGACAAGUUUCUAGAAGAUGUUCGGAACGGGAUCUAUCCUUUGACUGCGUUCGGGGUGCCAUGUCCACAACAACCUCAGCAGGAGACGGUGAAAUCUCCCAUAGUGCCCCCGUCAGUCAAAACCCCGACCCCUGAACCCGCAGAGCUCGAGACCAGGAAGGUUCUUCAGAUGCAAUGUAACAUUGAGCCGGUAGAUGAAGGAGCCAAGCAUCAUCUGACCUUGCUUUUGAAACUCGAGGAUAAACUGAACAGGCACUUGAGCUGUGAUUUGUUACCAAAUGAGAACGUGCAGGAGCUGGCUGUGGAGCUUGUUCAGCUGGGAUUUAUCAGUGAGGGCGAUCAGCCGAGACUUGCGUCAGUUCUUGAAGAGGCCUUCUCCAGGUUCUACAGUAGGAACGGUUCCCUCAAUCCGGUGACCGUGUCCUCGUAGCGGAGGACUCUCCAGGCCUUCUCUCAGCCCUCCUACUCCUCUACAGCAGGACUAGCUUUUCGCUUCACCUCUGAGUUGCAGCAAAAGCUUUUUGCGAUGACAGAGGAGGAAGCCUUGGUCUGAUUUGCAGAUCCUGCAGCCUGUCCUUGUAUCUUCUGGUGGGUAAAGUUGCCACUAAGUGGUUGAUGGCUUUCCAUCUUUUUUUCCCCCCCCAACCGAAUACAGCCAUCUGCUUCUCUUUUAAAAGAGGAAAUCCUUGUUGCAACUUAAGGAAAAUGCGAAUGUUUUCACCUUUUUGCUUAUUUCUCUCCUUAGAGGUAAACAAAGCAAAGCUGGAUAACAGCAGGAUUUUCUUUAAGUCAGUGUUAAAAGUGUAUUUUAAAAAUUUUUACGUCAAAACUUUAAUAGUUGUCUGUAUAAAAGAAUCUUUGUCCCGGCAUACUGAAGUGUAAGUAGUAUGGUGUUGUCUGGUCCUUUUAAACUGUCUCCUGAGCAGCGGUUCAGGCGACAUUCUACCUUAUAUCGGUUUUUGAAGACUCUCGAAUGCAUUAAGCUCGAAACGCAACAUUAAUUUAACUUAAAGUUUCUGUAAUUACUUCAACGUCGUCAUGAAACAUGCAGCUGCAACAGAAUCUGAAGAGUUGCUGAUAAAAUAUUACAAAUCAAACUAUUUAUUUGUGUAUCUUCUUGAGUGUAUACUGUAACUUCACUUCCAGCACUAAGGCCGGUGGUUGUUUGAAUGUAUGCUUUUAUUUGCUAUCCCACAUGAAGUCAUGCUCUUAUUUUCUAUGAAAAGAGGUUUCGACUGAACUAUUGAUCGACACUUAUCGAUUAGGGCUCGAUCAAUAAGUCGUCUGUAGGUGGCACUUCACACUGGAGAGGUUGGUUUAGACUCAUGAAGAAGCUUUGGUGUUAAAGCACAUGACCUGACGGGUGUUAGUCAACAGGUUUGGUGAAUGCAUUUAUGCUCUUUGUCUAAAUGGAAACUCAUAGUUUUUAAUUAUUGACGGUGGUAGGUUCAGGUCAUUUAUCACAGAGUGUUGUCGGCUUAGCCCCGCCCACAUUGAGAUUUCGCCUCAUUAGUUUCCUUCAUGGCCGAAUUAUUCUGCGUGGCACCGUCACUAAAACGCUCCCUCACCACUUAGAAGUUCAGUUCUUGGCUCAGACCGAUCAUUUGGUUUGAUGAUCUCUCUGAUAGUUUGCACUGUCGUAGGCUUUUAUCGUCCUGUUGGAAAUGUGCCGAGGCCCCUGGCUUCUUCACACCGACAAGGGGAAGUGAGAUGAUUUGGAAACAGCGUCGUCAGUCAACGACUUUGAGUCUCGCCUUCUCUCUGCUGUGACCACCUUCUGUUAGGAUGUGUAGAUACUGCGAGUGUGGGACUACCUGGCAUGCUUGUAACCAUCUUUACACUGUAUGCUGGACACUGCUCUGUUUCUGCUACACAUUUACCCUCUUUUUUCACCUCCUGAAAUAAAAAAUGACUAUCAGCAUUUAA